GGCAUACUCGAACUACCAGGAGUUUCCUUGAUGUAUGCGUCGGCUUUUCCGGCCCUGCCUGGAUGCACCUGGAGCCAAUUACGUCCAGAGAGAAGUUGAAAAAGUCCUAGUGGCAGUACGCCUUCGCUGUAAAAAAGGCAAAAAACAUGACGGGUAUACCUUUUUGCACAUUUCGUGGAAGACUUCCGCCGGUUGAGUACAACCGAGCAGCGUUGUGGCGGGUAACUGAAAUCCAGUGUGCACACACACACACACAGAGAGAGAGAGAGAGAGAGAGAGAGAGAGAGAGAGAGAGAGAGAGAGAGAGAGAGAGACACGGAAAAGCAGGAGCUCACCGGCGAAAGAGGGAUCGGGGAUCCGAGGCAAGUUUGCAUGCUCACGUGGAUGUGGAGAGAGAGAGAGAGAGAGAGAGAGAGAGAGAGAGAGAGAGAGAGAGAGAGAGAGAGGGAGGGAGGGAGGGAGGGAGAGAGGGAGAGAGGGAGGGAGGGAGAGGAAAAGGAGGGAGUGUGGAAAAGGUAAGGGUGAAUCCAUAGCGAUGGGGAGAGAGAGAAAGGAGGGAGAGGGGGAACGAAGGCAAGGGUGAUUCCAUGGCCAGAUGGAGAGAGAGGAAAAGGAGGGAGAGCAGGAGAGAAGGCAAGACUGAUUCCAUGGCCUUGUGGAGAGAAAGGAAAAAGAGGGAGAGCGGGAAAGGGGAGGGGGAAUCAAUGGCCACAGCCUCCCCCACAGGGAUGGAUUAUGAGUUUCCCGCGGGCAAGUGUUGUGGAAUACUGAGCGGCAGAGUUGGAUGGCUAAGGAGAGAGCUGAAGCGGGAAGGGGGAGAAGAGAGAGCGAGGAGCGGGGGGGGCUGGAAAGGCAAGUGGUUUGCAAGGCAAGAUAACUCCAUGGCGAUGGUGAGAGAUCCGAUCAAUUCCGAGCCUGAACCAAGCCACUUUUCUGGCGAUGUACAUCGGCAUCUCGUUCACGGUGGUUUGAUUGAUGAUCACCAUCAUCAUCAUCUAUUACCCGAUUGGGCAAGUCGUCUGCCAAUGGACGUUCAUAAAAGGAAAGGUUCCACGUCUAGGUGUCCGGAUCCCGACCAAGAUCCCGAGCCUGGAGGAGCGUCGGGCAACAGCCCUGGUAAUCCUCCAGGCUCGCGAUCUCGACCGAGAUCCCGCGAUAGUCUGCUUGAUGACAAUCAUGAUUAUGAUGAUGAUGAUGAUGAUGAUGGAUUAUGCGAUUGGACUGAUCUGCCAAUGGACAUGCUGACGCUAAUCUUUGGCCUCCUACCAGUGAAAGACAGGGUCCGUGUGGGAAAUGUGUGCCAGAAGUGGCGAUGCGCAUCGCUCUAUCCUGCCUGCUGGAAGGAGGUGGAUCUGAUGUCCAUGAGCUCAUCAGGGUGGGAAUUGGAAGAGGUAUUAAAGACUGUGAUUUUGCGCAGCGCAGGGCAGCUACAGAGCCUUUCGGUUCCUAGAUACAACGACUCGAUGCUGGGGUACAUUGGCAAGCAUUGCCCUGUUCUGCAACAAGUCGAGCUUCUUCAGCAAGAGAAGAUGGAGUACAAUAGUCCGUCUUCGUUCAGAGUAUCAACCCACCAUACUCCGUCUACGUUCAGAGCAUCAACGGGUGGAAUCAAGGCGUUUGUCGAAGGCUGUCCCCAGCUUCGCUUGCUCCAUGUCAAUUGCCUUUUGGUUGAUGGACACAAGGACGAGCUCUCUCAAAUGGUUAGGCUACUCGUCUCUGGGUUUCCAAACUUAAUCUCUUUGCACCUUGAUGUGAUUACAGCUCCUCCUCCUUAUCUACCUCUACCUCUACCUCUACCUCCUCCUCGUUCGCUUGCUCAUCUUCCCGAGAUGAUUGAUGGUGACGAUAUCAGAUUGAUGAUUGAACGAUUACCUAAUUUACAAUUCCUGGGGCUAGCACGAGCGUCGAUCACAGAUGGGGAUCUUCAAUCCAUCGCCAACGGUCUGCGCAGCUUGCGUUCGUUGUACCUGGCAAUGUGUUACAAUCUGAGCCGACGAGGGAUCGAAUCCUUCCUGUCCGCUCGGCCAGAUGUUGAGAUCACAGUGCGCGAAUUACACUGAGUACAAGUAAGGGGGUGGGGAAGAGGGUCUCAAUUUGGUCGGUAGGAGUGGGAUUUCCGCCUAGCAUGAGCUUUUGUCA